UUUCCAUCAGGUCCCCUCCUGCUCCUCCCUAGCUCCCUUCUCCACCUCUCCCCGGGCUCUGGCUGUCCGCAGGCGCCCUCUUCUUGGUCCCACCCCAGGGUCCUCCAUCUGCCUCUGCUCUCUCCCUUCCCGCCAGGGGCACCUGGCUACCCUGUACCUCACUCCCGGUCUCCACGUCCCUCCUCUGCCUCUCCCCUUGCAGUCCUCUGCUCUUUGCCUCCCCCUCCAUCUCUCCUUUCUCUUCCCCCGCCUGCCCCUGAGGUCUCCCCCAUCCCUCCUCCUCCACCAACCCGGCCCAUUCCCCAUCCCCACCCCAACUCCUCCGGUGGCCACAACACACCCCAUCUCUGGCACGGACGGCCCAUCCCCUCAGCACGGCCCGCCGCCUCUGCGGCCGGGCGCCAGCCGCCCGCCUCCCCUCCCAGCUCUGCCACUUUGGGACUCUUGCCUGUCCCUGGGCCAUCUCGGCACUACCCAGCUCAAGUUCAGGCCUGGCCCUCAGCCUCACCCCCUACCCCCAGACUCUCCCAGGCCCCUGGCUCUCCCUGCCUGGCCUCGCCAGGUCCCCCAUCUGUGUCUUUGGCCACCCUGAACCUUUCCGCUGUCUCACCAGAAAACCAGCCCCAACACGCCAGAGCCCCAUCCCUCAGGUCGGCCUCCUGCCCUUCCUUCCCCUCCCCUCCUCUCCUCCCUCGGCCCCGCCCCGGCCCCUCCCGGCCCCUGGGGCCCUGAGGCCUCCCUCCCCGCCUCUCCGGACUGGCUGGGCUGGGCUCAGACGGCUGCACCGCAGGUUGGCGAGAGCUGAAGGGAGGGAGCGAGGGAGGGCCUGAGCUGAGGCCCGGACGGCGCAGGCGGGAGCUGGACCCAGAGGUAAAAGCUCCCGCGGCCGCCCCUUCCCUGGGCUGGGUCAUGCGCUGCCCCAAGUGCCUUCUCUGCCUGUCAGCGCUGCUCACGCUCCUGGGCCUCAAGGUGUACAUCGAGUGGACAUCUGAGUCUUGGCUAAGCAAGGCCUACCGGGGACCCCAGGGCACCCCACUGGGCCCCACACCAGCCACCCCCGAGCCCACCCUGCCGGCUAACCUCUCUGCCCGUCUGGGCCAGACCAGCCCGCUGCUCUCUGCAUACUGGAACCAGCAGCAGUGGCGGCUGGGGUCCCUGCCCAGUGGGGACAGCGCUGAGGCAGGGGGCUGCCGGGCUUGGGGGGCUGCCGCUGCUGCAGAGAUCCCAGACUUCGCCUCCUACCCCAAGGACCUCCGCCGCUUCUUGCUGUCGGCGGCCUGCCGGAAUUUCCCCCAGUGGCUGCCUAGAAGUGGUGGCGGCCAAGUGGCCGACUGCUCAGGUACGGACGUCCCCUACCUUCUGUUGGCCAUCAAGUCGGAACCAGGGCGCUUUGCAGAGCGACAGGCCGUGAGGGAGACGUGGGGCAGUCCGGUUCCUGGGGUCCGGCUGCUCUUCCUGCUCGGGUCACCAGAGGGUGAGAGGGGGCCUGACCUAAGCUCCCUGGUGGCCUGGGAGAGUCGCCGCUACAGUGACCUGCUACUCUGGGACUUCCUCGACGUCCCCUUCAAUCGGACGCUCAAAGACUUGCUGCUGCUGGCCUGGCUGGACCGACACUGCCCGGGCGUGAGCUUCGUCCUGCAGGCUCAGGAUGACGCCUUCGUGCACACACGGGCCCUUCUGGACCACCUGCGGGCCCUGCCCCCUAGAUGGGCCCGAAGCCUCUACCUGGGUGAGGUCUUUACCCAGGCCAGACCCCUGCGGAAGCCCAGAGGACCCUUCUACGUGCCUAGAUCCUUCUUUAAAGGUGAAUACCCGGCCUAUGCCAGUGGCGGCGGCUAUGUCAUUGCUGGGCGCCUGGCACCCUGGCUGCUGCGGGCAGCGGCCCGUGUGGCCCCCUUCCCCUUCGACGAUGUCUACACUGGCCUGUGCUUCCGGGCCCUGGGCCUGGCACCAAGGGACCACAAAGGCUUCCUCACAGCCUGGCCAGCAGACCGCACUGCUGAAGCCUGUGCUCUCCGGGACCUGCUGCUGGUGCGGCCCCUCAGCCCCCAGGGUAGCAUUCGGCUCUGGAAACAGCUGCAGGAGCCUCAGCUCCAGUGCUGAGCCUGGCGGAGCUGAGGAGAGGAGGGCAGCACAGACCUGGCUGCACCUCGGUGCCUGUCUCUCACUCAGCCUCUCCUUCUGGGCCUCAGCGUGAAGGAGGAAUUCUAGAACCGUGACUGCCUGAGCCCCUCCUAGGUCCUCCCGGGCCAGGGGACGGGGCAGCCGGAGGGAACAGACUGUUUGUGUCUACUUUUUGUGUUUGAAAAACACGCACUCCCCACUCUGA